AUGGUCUCUAUCAAAUCUAUUGCCCUAUCAGCUUACGCUCUAACCGCCGCCCAGCUUGUCAGCGCCGCCCCAGCCACCACCUUGCCUGCUAACGCUGAAGAGGUCAAGGAAGUCGAAUUGGGUGUUUAUGUCAAUGAUAUUACCAAGAACUUGAUGGAAUACUACGCAUUCCGGGCUGAACAUCCAGAACAGGCCUACCCAGGAAUCAUCGAAACCGCGGUCUUCGAAGACAUGAUGGGCCAGCCUCAAUCUGAGUGGAUUAACCAAUUGACUACCAUUGACUACAAUGAAGUUCAAAGCAUGUUCACUGGUGUUCCAUGGUACUCUGACAGAUUGGCCCCAGCUUUGUCAUCGUCUUUGAAGGCCUUAAACAUUGCCACCACGGUCGCUACUGUGUAA